ACAGAUCAAUUCCCGGACGAUGCGUCUGUACUAGAACCAGGACUUGGGGAUGUUGAUGAUGCGAGAUUGCGGCUGAAACGAAAACUUCAACGAAAUCGAACGUCGUUUUCCAACGAUCAAAUUGAAAGUCUCGAAAAAGAAUUUGAGCGGACUCACUAUCCUGACGUUUUUGCGCGGGAACGACUGGCAGCAAAAAUCGGACUGCCCGAAGCUCGUAUUCAGGUUUGGUUUAGCAAUCGCCGUGCAAAAUGGCGCCGAGAGGAGAAGCUGAGGAAGCAGAAGAAUUCACCUGGAAAUUGUAUUUCACCACCCGGUUCCAAUAGUUCCAACCAGCUUUUACAACCCCCAGCAUCGCCAGGUCCUGGUCACCACCCAGGUGCCAUACGACCUCCACUGUCACCCCUGGAAGAAGGAGUGGCAACAAUUGGUUCCAACAAGAUACCACCAACCUCUCCUACAACCACUCCAUCAUCCUCCACUUCGUCUACAUCUGUGGGUGGCAGUUCUUCUGUCAGUGGUCUUCCCCAGCCGACACCAACUGCUGGAGGCCACCACGGAUUUUCACCUGGUGCCAUGUAUGGUUCCUUACCACCUGCUUCCCUCACUGAAACCUAUGGGUAA